CAUAUAAAUAUGCGUAUACCCUAAACACACUAAAUAGGAAAGAAAUUAAAUACUUGAGUAUAUUAAGUGAAAACGUACUAUUGUCUUAAGGAAAUCAAUUCAUUUUUGAUGAUUACAAUCGCAUCAAAGAAUAAUUAUUUGUUAAACAUGAAUGGAAAUAACUACAACUGAAAUCAUUGGGCUAAUUUGACAUAUUGAACGUAUUGAACAUUUAUGAGGGAUUUUUAAAUAAACAUUAGACAAAAUGCAGCGAUUAUAUGCUAAAUCAGUUGCAAAUGUCAAUACAAUCAAUAUAUCUAUCAUUGGUAUGAAUGGUUCCGGAAAGUCAGCUGUGGUGGUCAAAUAUCUAACUCGUCGUUUCAUUGUGGAAUAUGCACCUUACCUAAGUGACAGUUACACUAAAGCUGAUUCUGUGGAUGGUCAUGAAUUAACAAUCAAUAUUCAAGAUACAUCUGAUAGUGAUGAAAUUGACCUUGACGACAUUAUUAAAUGGUCACAAGCUAUUAUUAUAUUAUUUUCUAUGACUAGUCGUCGAAGUUUCUAUCGUGCUCAAGAACUUGUUGAAGCAAUUCAUGCACAAUCUGCAUUAGUUGAUAGAAAAAUGAAAUUAUCUGGUACAUCACAACAAUCCAAAUCAAAUAAUUCACAACAAAUCAACACACCAUCAUCGUCAUCAUCGUCAUUGUCAUCCACGAUGCCAUUGAAUGCUUCAUCAAUUUCCACAGUGAAUUCUAAUUCACUCAAUUCACAACACAAUUUAACACAAUCUGGUUCAUUAAGACGUUCAGCUUUAUAUACUAUAAAUACUGCGAAACCACCUAGUAUAAUACUUGUUGCAAACAAAGCAGAUUUAGAACGAUUUCGUUUAGUACAAAAAGCAGAAGCUGAUGAAUUUGCCAAAUCGCAUGGAAUUCCAUACUAUGAAAUAACUGUCACUGAAACUUAUAAAGAAGUUCAAGCAAUUUUUCAUGCAGCAGCUCGUCUUUGUCUUCAAUCGAAAGGUUUGAAACCACGUCAAGUUAAUGGUCAAACUGCAUCAUGUGGUAGAGGUAUUCUACCUGGUGGGAAUCCUCCCAGUGUAUUGACAAGUUUAGCAGUAUCACCAGGUUUAUUAUUACAAAAGAAAUCCACAGCGGUAUCACCUGUUCUCGAAGUGAUGGCAAGUACAGAAUCUGAGUCGAAUACAACAACAUCAUCAUCAACAACAACAACAACGACAACAGCAGCAACAACAACAAGUGGGCCAGCUUCAAUUCUUUCCAAUCUUAAAUUAAGAGCAACUAGUCCUACUUCAGGAACAAAUGUAAUACGAACUCCAGCCUCUAAUAAAUUUAUUGGAUCACAAUCUACUGCCACCUCAAAAUUACCGCCAACAGCAUCCAACCAAUCAACACUUCAAUCUUCUUCAUCUCAGCAGCAGCAGCAACAACAACAACAACCUAGUUCGAAUCCAACAACAACACAAUCAACACCAGCAACACAUACACCAAUCACAUUAUCUCGUAAACAUCCAAGUGUAAGCAGUAGUCAACCAUCAACGGAACAACGAGUAACAAAUCCUGGUACAUCACCAAGUAUCAAUCAAUCAACUUUAACAUUAUCAAUGCAAAUGAAUAAAAAACCACCGCCUACAACACUUCCUCAACCAAAGAAAUCCGGUUUAGGCUUUAAAUUUUUCUCGAAAAAGAAAUAAAAAUUUUAUUUUAAAUGAUUAUUUCAUUUUGAUUUUAAUUUAUUUUAUUUUCAGAUGUGUUUAAACUAUAAGAAUUAUCUUGACAUGAUUACAUGCAUAUAUACAUAUAAAUAUGUUUGGUGAAUAUUUUUCUAUCAUUUAAUUUGUGCACAUUUAUGAGUUCAGUGUUCAUUUCUAGUGAUUUUAAACAAGAAGAAGAAGGAAAAAGAAAAACAGCGCACACAGAAAAAAACAUUUACUGAUAUCAAUUUUUGUUUAAUGAGAAAGAGUAAUUAGAGUUUUCAUUUGAACUGUAAUAAUGAUCAAUGAUUAUUGAUUAUAGGUGGACAGAACAAUGUAUUUGAUGCCGCUUUUAUGUGUUUGUGUUUUUCGUUAUUAGUGUUAAUUGUAAAUUUAGACUAUAAAAUGACAAAUUUAUUUUAAUAAUGACAUGAAAGUCCAGUUCAUUUCAAUUACGAAUGGAAAUUCAAAUUUAAAAUGUACAGAUAAAAUUCAAUGUCUUCAAUAUACUAAAAAUUUUAAUUUUCAUCAUCUUUAUCAUCAG